AUGAGCUCAUCGACAGGAGUUCCAGCGCUCACAGUGAAACUUCUGAACCCUAGCUAUUUGGCUUCAAACGUGAAGGUUCCUGUCUACGCUCUGGCUGUGAAGCCUCGUUCAUUGACCGAGAUACCAAAUGUGAGAACCCAGGAGACCCUCAUCGCCAAUGAUCUCCUUUCGAUUUUGCUCGGAUAUGAAGGCAAUUACGUUCGGUAUAGUGAAAAGUAUGACUCUACUCGGGUUCAGGACAGAAUUCGUGGGCCUGACUAUAAAACUGCCAGGCACUUGGAUGUAUCAUUGAAGAGCAUAACCAAGAAGCUAGCAACGUAUGGCAAGUGGUACUCUGGACUCAAUAACUUUGUCCAAAUUUAUGAUCAUCCACAGUUGGGAAGAGUGAACCAGAGAUUAUGUUAUGAGAUUCGGAUGUUUAUGAAAGAGUACCAGCGGCUAGUGUUGGACUUCGAAACACAAUUUAAGAUAUCCCCAAUUCCAGUGACAGAGAUGGAUAAUAUAAUAAUGCAGCGUGUGGCGAACAGAAUGGCUCACCUUUAUGAGAUUGCUAACACUAUCCACAUGAAAUCGGAAGAACGGACAGAGUCCCCAAGUUUCAACUCGUUUCUCGAGUUUGUCAGGCAAGACUUGGCAAUGACGGGAUCUAUAAGCGCUUCGACUGAUACCAACAAAUUCACCGUGUGUAAGGGAGGCGUGGUGUUGCACAUCGUCACUGAGAGGAUUAAUGCGUUUAAGGGGGACUCCGAGGCAUUCCAUUUUCUCACAAGAUUGUUCGAUUCUAUAUCCAUGGAGUAUGUCUCGCUUCUCAACGACUGGCUAACGGAAGGUCAGUUUGAUGAUCUAUUUGGAGAGUUUCUCAUUAAGAAAAAUGAUUUGCCCACGAAUAUUUUUUACUCGGAUAUGGAAAAGUACUGGAGUGAGCUUUAUGUCAUCAAGCUCGAUGGAGUUCCUGAUCAGCUACUAAACAAAGAUAUUCAGCACAAGAUUUUGGCGACUGGAAAAUACCUCAACAUCAUCCGCCAAUGCAGUGGUAUAGUGAGUUUCAGAAGUCUUCCGGAUUUUGCUAGACUUUCAAUGCAACCCAUCGAGAGCUUGUUUGCGCCUGACCUCCAUUUAAAAAUCAUACACAGGUACAAACUAGCGAACAAAUUGUUCUUGAGGCUUCUACUAGAAGGCUAUCAGCUACAAACUCUCAUAAACGACCUCCAUGAGACUUUCCUCUUGAACAAAUCCUUUGCAAUUGACAAAUUUCUUGCAUCGGCGUUCCACGAUCUUUCCAGAGACAAACAUUCGGCCCCUACAGCAAGAAUCCAGCGUCUUUACAAUAAAAUCUUUCUUAGUCAGAAACCGCUAGAAGAAGAUGCGUCUAUCUCAGAUAUCAUACCUCAGUGCAAAAACUUCAGCGUUGAUAGAAAUAAUUUUUACGAACUUGCGCAGGAAAUCAUUGCCAUUGAAUCUUUUGACGCUGAUGAAAAGAUGAGAGAUACAGAGUCUGCCUCUGACGCCAUAAAGAGAAUAGUCAGCCGAUCAUUAUCACGGCGUCAAACAUCACUGUCUGGAUCAGACGUACCUAAGUCACUGCACGAAGUUGAUUCAGUUGAUCAAUAUACAAUUGCAAGUGUUAAUAUCGACAUGGACCUUCCAUUCCCAAUUAAUCUUAUUAUUGCUGACAACUACAUUUUUGAGUAUCAGCUACUUUUCAAGCUACAGAUGAUUUUGAAAUUCGCAAAUAUGGCCACGGAUAGAACUUGGAAAGAAAUCAAUUUCUCAACCGUUUGGAGGUACCGAGGAUUUCAUCCCUCUGUGCAAAAUAGUAUCGGAAAGUGCAGAGCUCUUAAUGCUAACGUCAAGGGAUUUGUCAAUGCCAUCCAAACAUACUUCAAUUAUAGCAUUGUCGAGGAGAACUUCGGAAAUGUCUUAAAGGUUCUUGAGUUGUACACACAUCAUGCUUCCAAGGAAAUUGUCUCAGAUCAAAAUUCGAGCAACGGCAGGAAUUUCCUCAAGUCUUUCUACAACGGGAACGAUGUCUUCGACAAGAAGAUCAGUGAAAUGAGUAACAGGCAAGGGGCAACCAUACACAGGCAAGUCGAACAAAGAUACGAUGAUGUUCAGGAAUUGAAAGAUAAGAUCGGAAUGUACCUCAACAAUAUGUUGCGUGACGCAAUGGUGACAGAUGAGAGACUCCUUUCGUGUCUACACAAUAUCUUGACCGUAGUGAUACACAUCAACAACUACAUGAGCAGGCUCAAAAAGUCGUUAGUGUUGAUGGACGAGAGGCAAUUUGCUGCAUUUAAAAGAGAUAUGCCCGAAAGAUUCGUUGACUUGAAAGUGAAUGACGAGCUCAUUGGAACGCGAGCCGCGUCGUUUAAGCAGAUUGUGGACGCAUACACUGAGGUCUUCAACCAAGCGAUUGGCGACUUGUUGUAUUUGCUUCGAAACACCGACGCCAACGAAAACCAUCAGCUUCUGGACUUUGCUACGCAGCUCGAGGUAUGCGUUUCAAGGAAGUAA